UGCUCCAGCCUCAAGAUGUUCCUUGUAGCUCUGUCUUUUGCCUAUUUUGCGAAGGCACUGUCGGGGAGCUACAUGAAGAGCACAAUAACGCAGCUGGAGAGGCGCUUUGACAUCCCCAGUUACCUGAUAGGUGUCAUUGAUGGGAGCUUUGAGAUAGGUAACUUGUUGGUGAUAGCAUUUGUCAGUUACUUUGGAGCCAAGCUCCACCGGCCAAAGAUCAUCGCGAUGGGCUGUGUGCUCAUGUCCAUGGGCACCUUCAUCAUUGCACUGCCACACUUCAUCAUCGGCCGUUAUGAAUUUGAGACAUCAGUGCGGUGGCUGGCUAACUCCACACGUAACCCUGCUCCAUGUGCACUGGGCUCAGCAGAAACAGCCCAGGGUAGACAGAUACCAGACGUGCCACAUAAAGGAUGUGAAGGAGAGUCCAACCUGUCCAUGUGGAUCUAUGUGCUGCUGGGAAACGUACUCCGUGGAAUUGGAGAGACACCCAUCCAGCCUUUGGGCAUCUCAUAUAUAGAUGACUUUGCCACUGAGGAGAAUGCUGCAUUGUAUGUCGGCUGUGUACAGACCAUUUCAGUGGUUGGCCCAGUCUUUGGCUACCUCUUAGGUUCCCUUUGUGCCAAAAUCUAUGUGGACAUUGGAUUCGUAAAAAUGGAGAGCAUCACCAUCACUCCAGCAGAUGCCCGCUGGGUGGGGGCCUGGUGGCUUGGAUACCUCAUUGCAGGUGUAAUAACCCUCCUGUCUGCCAUUCCCUUCUGGUUUUUACCCCGCUCCCUGCCUGUGUCUGAGGGACGCAGUCCAGAGAAGUGCCCCCCAGAAAAAAACAGCUUCAUUAAGAAAUAUCAAGCAGAAGAACAUAGCAGUUUUAUAGAAAUGGCCAAAGACUUCAUCCCGACCCUGCGCACGCUGCUGGGACACCCUGUCUAUUUGAUUUACCUGUGCGUGACAAUCAUUCAACUGAACUCCCUCAUUGGUAUGGUCACCUACAAACCCAAAUACAUCGAACAGCAUUUCAGGCAGUCUGCAUCAAAGGCCAACUUCCUAAUGGGCGUGAUCAACAUCCCUGCUGUGGCUCUGGGCAUGUUCUCUGGAGGUCUGCUCAUGAAGAGGCUCAAGCUCAACAUCAUGGGAGCAGCGCGUUUUGCUUUCAUCACCUCCCUGAUUGGCUACAUCCUCUCACUCUUCUUCUUCGCUAUGAGCUGUGAGAACGCCAGGGUUGCCGGGGUUACACUGCCAUAUAACAGUGAGGAUGGCUUAUCCUAUGACAAACACUCAGUCUUUGAGAGCUGUAACCUGGGCUGUUCAUGCUCGCCCAGUGAGUGGGACCCGGUCUGUGGGGACAAUGGUGUCACAUACGUGUCUGCCUGUCUGGCCGGCUGCACCAGCUCUAUGGGCACAGGGAAAAGCACAGUCUUCUCUAACUGUAGCUGUGUUGGUGUGGCUGGUAACUUUACAGCCAGUGCAGGUCCGUGCUCAGACAAGGACGACUGUGACCGCAUGUUCCCCUAUUUCCUGGCUCUGUCUGUCAUCACGUCCUUCAUCAUCUCCUUGGGCGGCACACCCGGCUACAUGCUGCUCAUCAGAUGCAUUAAACCACAGCUGAAGUCCUUGGCUUUGGGUUUCCAUGCUAUGGCAACACGAACACUUGCAGGGAUACCAGCCCCUAUUUACUUUGGAGCCAUCAUUGAUACAACAUGUCUUAAAUGGGGCCAGAAGAGGUGUGGAGGAAUCGGAGCAUGUCGAAUAUAUAAUACCACAGCAUACAGAAUAGCAUACUUGGGCCUGACCCUGAGUCUGCGCACCAUCUCUUUUGUCAUCUGCAUCCCUGGCUUCAUACUGCUCAGCCGACAGCUCAAACAUGAAGAGAGGAACGCCCUCCAUAGCGCUGUCACCAAUGGUGGGGCUGAACUCGAAGCACUGAGGAAGGAAGAGUUAGUGAUCUCCAAUUCAGAACCGUCACAGCGGAUAUCGGACAACGGCACAGACAGAGAGACACGGCUGUGAAAAAUGUGGACCUCUUUUCUUCAUGAACAAAAACAGUGUACAAAGGAAUAACAAAAAUGCACACCCACACGAAUAAGUUGCAGGGAAUUAUACGUCACUCUCAAUAUCUGAUAAUAUAAAACAUAGGUUCUAUAUUUGUACUGGAUUUGUGAAGGCUUUAUAAGAAUUUAUGACAGAA